UUUUCAGGUGCUGGUGAAUCUGGGAAAAGUACAAUUGUGAAGCAAAUGAAAAUUAUCCACGAAGCUGGUUAUUCGGAAGAAGAAUGUAAACAGUACAAGGCAGUGGUCUACAGUAACACCAUUCAGUCCAUUAUUGCUAUCAUUAGAGCCAUGGGAAGGUUGAAGAUAGACUUCGGUGACUCAGCUCGGGCGGAUGAUGCCCGUCAACUCUUUGUGCUUGCUGGAGCUGCUGAAGAAGGAUUCAUGACUGCAGAACUUGCUGGCGUUAUAAAGAGAUUGUGGAAAGAUAGUGGUGUACAAGCCUGUUUCAACAGAUCCCGAGAGUACCAGCUUAAUGAUUCUGCAGCAUACUAUUUGAAUGACUUGGACAGAAUAGCACAGCCAAAUUACAUCCCAACUCAACAAGAUGUUCUCAGAACACGAGUGAAAACCACAGGAAUUGUUGAAACCCACUUUACUUUCAAAGAUCUUCACUUUAAGAUGUUUGAUGUGGGAGGACAGAGGUCUGAGCGGAAGAAAUGGAUCCAUUGCUUUGAAGGAGUCACUGCCAUCAUUUUCUGUGUGGCACUGAGUGACUAUGACCUGGUUCUAGCUGAAGAUGAAGAAAUGAAUCGAAUGCAUGAAAGCAUGAAGUUAUUCGACAGCAUAUGUAACAACAAAUGGUUUACAGAAACAUCUAUUAUACUUUUUCUAAACAAGAAGGAUCUCUUCGAAGAAAAAAUCAAAAAGAGCCCUCUCACUAUAUGCUAUCCAGAAUAUGCAGGCUCAAACACAUAUGAAGAGGCAGCUGCAUAUAUUCAGUGUCAGUUUGAAGAUCUCAAUAAAAGGAAGGACACAAAGGAAAUAUACACCCACUUCACAUGUGCCACAGAUACUAAGAAUGUGCAGUUUGUUUUUGAUGCCGUAACAGAUGUCAUCAUAAAAAAUAAUCUAAAAGAUUGUGGUCUCUUCUAAGUUUUGCAGUGAAUGGUUAAAUGCAUUUUCAAACCAAAUGAGUACUUAUAUGUGGAUCUCUCUAGACUAGAGUCUUGCAGCAACACAGAAUGUAGUAUACAGCAAACACACCUGGACUUGACCAAAGUUGUUCUGUUUUGUUUUUUUAACUGAAAGUAAAAAAAGGACCUUUCUUAAAUGUGAAAGGUGACCCUGCAGUGUGAAACUAAGGGCAGUGUUAAAGCUCGGCUCUAGUGUAUUGAUGAUUUCUGUGUAAGUGUAAAUAUGCAAAUGUAUGUAUACAUGUAUUUAUAACUUUGGUUUUCCACAUUACUUUUAGGUUUUAAGAGUCGCAACUUACAAUUCUAGUGUGAUCGCUUUGGAAAUAACAGAAAUAUUAAGUACUUUCUACUCAAUAUCAGACUAUUACCAUGUUUGCCAGUUUUAAACCGCUUUAUUUAUGUUCAUGCUCUCUAAUUUUUUAAGUACAGUAAUUAAUAUUAGGAAAAAUUGCAACCCUUAUCUUGUAAUCAUAAAAAUCUUAUUUGUACAAACAUUGCACAGACUAUUUUAAUAACAUGGUUUGUUCUUUAAAUUUAACGCUUUGUUGAAAUGUUCUUAAAGAGGAUGAAUAUAUCUACCUUUGGAUCAAUUAUUUAAACAUCGUAUGCGUUUUAUUUUUUCUUUUAAAUUGCAUGCUGAUCUUAUUCUACAUUAGAUUUGGUUGGAAAAACUAAAAUUUCAUAUUUUACUAUCUUAGACUUAUAAAUACUUAAUUUUUAGUUCAUUUGUUUUCACUUUGAAUUUUAAUAUUUGGAUGAUAUUCAGGCAUUGCCUUAAAAAUGAUGCCAGAUUAAUUUUUAUACAUUUUAAAUAAUUACCUUUUUAUUUAUAACUAAGUUUAGGUAGAUGAUGAGAGCAUUUUAGGAUAAAAAAUAUGUCAGCAUAAUGAAUUUUGAGACAUUCAUUUGUGUAUUUCCCGUGGGAAACCCCUUGUACCCAGCAUAUAUGAGAGCUCCUUGUUUGGAAGGUAACAGGAAAGAUCUUUAAACAUUCUGCUGGUGGCAUCAGUCAGGCUUUUAAUUCAUAUGUGUAACUAGUUUAAUUUAAUUAUCAUACUUUAUUAAAAUUACUUUUUCCCUUAGAAUAUUCAAAUUUCCUCCACUUGCUUGAGUUUAUAUUAUUUUUUUUUAAACUGUACUAUUAUUUCUGAGAAUGAAACAGGCAAUUACACUUAGAAAAUGAGUAAUAGUAUUUAAUAAAGUCAGUGAUUGUACGUACGCUCAAAUAAGUGUUACAUAUCAGCUAGAUGUUGAACUUCAAUAGAGUAAUUUUUCUUUUGAUUAUUCAUGAUGUAUCUUGUGACCUUGUUUCAUCAAAAUGAACCUCAUUCCCCACCCUGUUUGCCUUUGUCACUCAUUUUGAAAGAGUUAGCCUUUCAGUAAGCUUCGUGGGUAAGUAGUUUCUGAGUUUAGUCAUGUACUGUCAUUUUGUUGAAUUUUUUUGAAGUGUAUUUGUUGAAAUAUGUGUACGUGUGGGGGGGGUUAAACACAAACUGCAUUUAUAUCUGUUUCAUCUUGGGGAUUUGUUUUUCUUUGUAAUGUAAAGAAAUUCAAAAUUAUCAAAAUUCCUUAAAUGUGUUGGUUUAGAUUCUUUAUGUGCCUUUCAUGAAAGAUAUGUUUUCAUUAAUUUUACUGAUGGUAGACCUGUAAUACCCAUAUUGUGAAGCUAUGUAUGAAAUUCAACUAUACUGAAUAAAUUUGAAUCAUGAGAAAUACAGUAUAAAAAGCCACAAAGAAGCACAUAUUGGUGAUCAUAAUUGAUGAAUUCCUGAACUUUACUCUGUGUAAUUGUGUUACUAAUAAAUCUUAAUAAAUUUAAAUUUUUAAAAUUUUAUAAA